GGAGGGGGGAGAAUCUCUGAGGGGGCAAAAAGAUGAUGACGGGGAUCGUGCAGGACCAGAAUCUGGAGAAGCAGAUCGAGAAGCACAUCGGGUGCAUGGCCGGCUUCCUCCACAUCUUCGAUCGCCACCAUGCCCUCGCCGGCCCCCGCCUCUACUCCCCCAAGCGCCUCCCCCCUUCCACGGGGCUGAAUUCGGGUCGAGAGGCGCCCAAGGUUGUUGAUUCUCCGGCGAUGUCCGGGGAGCUCGCGAAUUCCCCGGCGGCGGCCAGGGCGUCGCCGUCGCCGGAUCGGUCCUGGCCUUCUCCGCUGAAGGAGAUCCGGUCCCCGUCGGCGGCGCCGGAGCCCGGGACGCCGGCGGCCGCCAGGUCGCCGCUCCCGUUCCCGGUGUUCGAGUUCAAGGAGGGCACGCGGUCCCCGUGGAAGUUCUCCAAGGAGGCUCCCAGGCUGUCGCUCGACAGCAGGGCGACGACGGACGCCAAGGGCAGCCUCUACCCCCGCGAGAUCCGCACGAACGCCGCGAUUCUGUCCGGGGCCAGGCCCGACAAGGCGGCUGGCGGCGGCGGCGGCGGCGGCCGCGACGACGAGAGCCAGCGGCGGUCGCCGAGCGUGAUCGCGCGGCUCAUGGGGUUGGAGAACCUGCCUCGCCCGGAUCCGGAGCCGGCGAAGAAGGUGGAGCUCCGGAGAUCCGCUUCGGAGUCCAGGGUGAACAAGGACAUCUACCGGUUCAUGGAAGGGGCCGCGAGCGGUUUCCACGUGAACCAGCCGCAGCAAUUCAACGUGCAGGGCAAGGUCGCGAGCAAUGCGAUCAGAGAGAAUGCCGCCGCGAGAGGGGACAAAAAGUCGAGCCUCGCCGCCGCCGCCGCCGCCGCAGCCGGCCACGACGCGAGGAACGCGAAGGCGCAGGAGACGGCGAAAGCCGGGCACAGGGGAUUGAUCCAGAGGAAGAGCUUCUACGACUCGACGGAGUUCUUCCCGGAGCCCAAACAGGCCGUGUCCAUCUACGAAGAGAUUGAGAAGAAACUGAGGAUGAGAGGCAUCGACGAGCCGUCCAAGGAUUUGGAGACGCUGAAGCAAAUCCUCGAGGCUCUGCAGCUGAAAGGCCUUCUCCACUCGAAGCGCGACGAUGUGAACCCGAGAAACAUCGUCUACGACAGAAGUUUCAACGACUCUCCAAUCGUGGUCAUGAGGCCGUCGAGGUCGGGCAAUCUCUACGGCAGGAAUGGGAGCAAUUCACCGCCUUCGAGCUUCAGAUCGAGGCAGGUGGCAGCUCGUCGGAGCCCUGGCGCAGCGUCCGUGGACGCCUCGCCGGCGGCGAACCCUCGGCGCGAGAUUGUGAGGAGUCAGAACAGAGGGAGGAGUUCGGUUUCGCCCACCCGGAGUGACAAUGGCGUCAACAGUCCAAGCAGGAGGAGGCUGCUGGCGGUGGAGCCUCAGAGGAGAGCAAACGGCGUCGCCGCGGAGCAGCGGCGGGUGUCUCCUGUUCAGUCCCCGAGGAUUGGCUUGAGAAGGGCAGGGGGACCGCCGGACCAGAGCAUGGCAACGAGCCGAUCUCCGAGGACUCGGAGAUCGGCGGCCAAGGCUUACCAGGAGGAGGUGGAGGAGGAGGAGGAGGAGGAGGAGGAGAAGGUGUUCCUACCCGCAGAGGACGAGUCGUCCACCAUUUCAGAGAGCAGCAUCAGCACUCCAUCACUGACCGAUACGGAGAGAUCGAAGAUGGAGGAGUACAAGGAAGGGAAGAGCUUGCUGGAGAGAUGCCACAAGCUGCUGCACAGCAUAGCGGAGAUCACGCCGGCCGCGGAGUCGCAGCAGCCGAGCCCGGUGUCCGUGCUCGACCCAUCGUUCUACAAGGAGGAGUCGUCGCCCUCGCCUAUAAUGAAGCGCAGCAUUGAAUUCGAAGAUCAAGGGGCUGAACUGGACGAUGAUGCUUGGAGCCCCAUUUCCCCAAUUUCCUGCAAGCCCAAUGUGAAUGCAGAGGACUGUGAUUAUGUUUACAUCUCUGACAUUCUCCGAGUGUCCAGCUACCUUCCCGAAGACUCCGACGUAUUCUUGUUGCUGGAGAAGCAACAAAAUCUCAAGGGGAAGGACACCUCCCAAGUCUCGAGACUCCAGAGGAGGCUAAUAUUCGACACCGUCGCCGAGAUCCUUGAUCGGAAGAGGCAUUUGCUCCGGUGGAAGUCUCUUUCCGUCGUGAGUUCGGCUCUCGAGAAUCCAUCCUUACAACAGAUAUGGUCGGAGUACCAGAGGAUCCGAGAGAGGGAUACGUCGGAUGACUUGCUGGAAGUGAUCUGCGGGGUGCUGAGGAAGGAUCUAGCAGGGGAUGCGAUCAACGGUUGGGACGGUUGCCCCGUGGAGAUGUCUGAGGUGGCCGUGGACGUCGAACGGCUCAUAUUCAAGGACUUGAUCAGCGAAACCAUCCGAGACCUUGCCGCAUUCGCCUCGGAGUCCGAUAAAUUUCAGCCUUACCGAAGGAAGUUGGUUUUCUGAAAAAGCUAAGAGGGGGAGGCCUGUGGUUGUAUUUACUUUUCUUCUGCGUGCCCUUUUGUUCUUUUGCUUUCUCCCUCCUUUUCCUUUUCUCAUCCUUUUGUACUUUCGUGUUUCCCCAAGUUUGAUAAAAAUGUUUAAAUCUUUAGGUAUAGCCUGAAAACCAGGUGAUUCGA